UACAGAACAUAUGUCAGACAACCGGCUGGCUUUUGAGCAGCACACCACAGUUUGCCACCUCAGACUUUCUUAAGUGUCAAAGUUGACAGCUUCCUUUAUUAAAAUGGACAGUGCUUUUGAUAAUCUGGAUGCAGCUGGGUUCCUGGAAAUCUGGCAACACUUUGAUGCAGACGAUAAUGGCUACAUUGAAGGCAGAGAGCUCGAUGACUUCUUUCGUCACAUGAUGAAAAGCCUGGGUCCACAGGAGAAUGUGACUGAGGAGCGAGUCCAGCAACUGAAGAAGAGGUUUAUGUCUGCCUACGAUGCCACUGCCGAUGGGAAACUACAGAUUCAGGAGUUGGCCAAUAUGAUCCUGCCUGAAGAUGAAAACUUCCUGUUGGUUUUCCGCAGAGAAAGCCACCUGGACAACAGUGUCGAUUUCAUGAAGAUAUGGAGGAAGUACGAUGUGGACUGCAGCGGAUACAUAUCAGCUCAAGAGCUAAAGGCUUUCCUGAAUGACUUGUUCCAGCAGCACCACAAGGAAGUGUCAUCAGACAAGCUGGAUGAGUACACCGACACAAUGAUGAAAAUCUUUGACAAAAACAAGGAUGGCCGACUGGAUCUGAACGAUUUGGCCAGGAUCUUAGCCUUAGAUGAAAAUUUCCUGCUCCAGUUCAAGAUGGACGCCUGCAGUACAGACGAGAGAAAGAGAGACUUUGAAAAGAUCUUCGACCACUAUGACGUUAGUAAGACGGGAGCGCUGGAGGGUCCUGAGGUGGAUGGCUUCGUUAAAGACAUGAUGGGCCUGGUCAGGCCCAACCUCACGGGCCCCGAGCUGGACGAGCUGCGAGGCGUUCUUCUGCGUCACUGUGACGUCAACAAGGACGGGAAGAUCCAGAAAAAUGAGCUAGCUCUGUGUCUGGGAGUCAAGCCUAAACCUUAGUGAGCGCUCUGUCUCAUAAAACACUGUCACUGCGUGUGUGUGCGUGUUGUAUAGUUCAAGCAGAAUGCCGCGUGUUGGUCCAGAUCAGUGCGACUACUGGAUUAGUUCAGGUCAACAUUCACAGAGUGUUUGUGCCUCCUGAAUAUGAUACAUAAUUUAAUACAGUGUGAUGAAAUAAAUGAAUCAGAUGAUCUUGAUCUUCUGUUGUACAUGUUUUAGAGCCUUAAUAAAAAAAGAAUGGCCUUUGCAGUGAGAUUUGUGGUACAGUGAACACGUCGGUGUAGCUUUUGAAAACAGAAUGUUUUUCAUUUUAAUAUAAAACCUUCUUAGACAAAGUUGGUCAUUCCUGACAUUUGACCACUUGCAUGUUUCUCUGUCUAAAAAAUAACUUUAUGUACAUGUUUAAUUGGUUUACUAGGCUGUUGGGAAAAUAAACACUGAUUACAAAUUAUGGCA